AUGCUUAUAUUGUUCAGACAAGAUAUCCUAACUGGCAGCACUGAGACCGCUGCCAAGGGCCUGGCAGUGACCUGCCAUGGUCAAGGGCUUGGCUUUCGACAGGUUCAAGAAAAGGCGCCCAACAGCGAGACGCUGCUCGCGGCUUUUCGAGAGCUUGAAUCACUGCCAAAGUUGCAGGAAGAGAGCGUUGUGCUUGUCUGCCGGGACGGACGGUCGAUGUCAGCUGCCCUGGCAGUGGCCUGGUUGACGCUUCGCUGUGGGCAGUCUUUGGACUCCUCCGUCGACGCAGUGGUGGAAUCCGCUAAACAGGUCGGGGCUAUUCGUUGCCCUUUGGAGGCCUUCGAAAACCGCGAGGCCUUCGCCGCGGCCCUCUCCAAGGUCCACGAGCCAUGA